UGCUUCCAUGCAUGGGUUGAACAAUAUGUUGUAAAGCCAUGGAUAACAUUCAUAGCUUCCUGAAUCUGGUAUCUCCUCCCAUAGCUUUCCUUCUGCUUUGUCUCACCUUUCCUCUGUUGAUCAUCUUCAGGUUUAUAAGAUUCAUUCUAGCAUACAUCUACAUGGAGAACAUGGCCGGAAAAGUUGUUCUCAUCACUGGGGCUUCAUCAGGAAUCGGAGAGCACCUCGCCUACGAGUAUGCAAAGAGAGGAGCUUCAUUGGUGCUAGUGGCAAGACGAGAGAAUUAUCUCCGAGUAAUCGCUGAGAAGUGUCGUCUGCUGGGCUCUCCCCAUGUUUUAGUUGUUCCGGCAGACGUGUCCAAAGUGGAUGAUUGUCAGCGAUUUGUUGAAGAAACAGUGAACCAGUUCGGCAGGCUGGAUCAUCUGGUGUGCAACGCUGGGAUUGAUAGCUUUUGCCUAUUCAAAGAAGCAGUUAAUGUCGCAAAUUUCACAUCUGUGAUGGAUAUCAACUUUUGGGGGUCAAUCUAUCCCACUCGUUUUGCAAUUCCACACCUGAAAAGGAGCAGGGGCAAGAUCGUUGUCAAUGCUUCAGCGACUGGGUGGUUGGUCUCACCGUGGUCGAGCGUGUAUGGUGCAAGUAAAGCUGCGUUGCUGAACUUCUACGAGACAUUGAGAGUUGAAUUAGCACCAGAAAUCAAAAUAACAACAGUAGCUCCAGGGUUUAUUGAAUCAGAGAUGAUCCAGGGAAAGCACCUGACCAAUGAAGGUGAAGUGAAGGUGGAUCAGAAAAUGAAAGAGAUUGUAGCCAGCAUUUUUCCAGUUCAGAGCACAGGAAAAUGCGCAAAAGCCAUUGUAGAUGGAACAUGCCGCGGAGAUAGAUAUGUAAUAGAGCCGUCGUGGUUCAGAGUGUUGGUACUGUUCCAGUUCGUUUGCCCAGGGCUGGUCGAAUGGUUAACACGCUUUCUAUACAUACCCAACCCAGGUAAAUCCUAGAGAUAUAUAUAUAUAUAUAUA